AUGUAUUUCAAUAAAACAUCGGACCCAUUCGCAGCCGGUAGCUUUCUGGCUACCAAUAGCAACACGACAAAUUUCAUAGAUUACGACUUAAGCGAAAUCGAAGUCCUCAGCUCUUCAGAAGACAGUCUAAUAGCGACUGUUACGAACAUUGUGGAUAUCCUCAACACCGUUAUAUCCAACAGAACUCCGAUCAACGACGAACUCGGAUUGAAAAUUUUCAAUUCGUCGUUGGUAACUGACCGUGUGCUCAAUGCUUCCCGUGGAUUCGAUCCGACAGUCAACAACAACGUUCUGGCGACCAUCCUAGCCUUUUUCUGCUUGGCGACGAUAUUUGGCAACAUCCUCGUGAUGGUGGCGGUGGCGAAAGAACCCUACCUCCACACUGUUACGAAUUACUUCAUCGCGUCAUUGGCGACCGCCGACUGCAUCGUAGGUGCGAUAGUGAUGCCAUUUUGCGUCGUGCUGGAAGUGUGCGACGGGUACUGGCCGUUUGGUCAAGACUGGUGCGACGUGUGGCGAUCUGUGGACGUUCUCGCGAGCACGGCAUCCAUCCUCAAUCUAUGUGUCAUAUCUCUGGACAGAUACUGGGCAAUAACAGACUCUAUGUCAUACCCGCGCAAGAUGUCGCCCAAUCGCGCUGGGAUUCUCAUUGCGGCAGUGUGGAUCUGUUCUGCUCUUAUUUCCUUUCCCGCCAUCGCUUGGUGGAGGGCUGUUACUGUGGACCCGCCACCUGAUUACCAGUGCUUAUUUACAGAAGAUGUCGGUUAUCUGGUGUUCUCAUCUGCUGUGUCCUUCUACGUUCCACUGACAGUGAUGCUGUUCACCUACUAUCGAAUAUACAGAGCUGCCAUGGAACAGAAGAGAAGUCUCAAGCUCGGCACGAAACAGGUGCACGCGUACAAUGGGGAGCAGUGCGCGUCUCUGACACUCAGGAUACACCGAGGAGGACAGUCGCUGAAAGUUCCCUCCAGGAACAUGAAGAGCUUUUCCUUGAGCAGGAAAAUCAGCAAGCUUGCCAAAGAGAGGAAAGCCGCAAAGACUCUUGGUAUCGUCAUGGGAGUGUUCAUCUUGUGCUGGCUUCCGUUCUUCGUCACGAAUGUGCUGAUGGGGAUAUGCGGUGACGAUUGUGUGAUGAAUUCCAAGCUCGUGUAUUCGAUAGUCACUUGGCUGGGGUGGACGAACUCGGGAAUGAAUCCGGUGAUUUACGCCUGCUGGAGCAGGGAUUUCAGACGAGCUUUUACGAAACUCCUGUGCUCCUGUUGCCCUAAAUAUCUCAGCGGCAGACAAAAGUAUCGGUCCCGGUUUCGUCAGGUUGUUAGAGAUGAAAUGUCACUGCCUCACUUUAAGACUUCGUCAAAUCCCAUGACGAUAGAAGACAUUUCGCUAUGA